GGUGAAUAAAUUGUCCUAUGGGCAUUAGAAACCAUGCAAUUUUGUUUUGGAACCCAUUAUGCAUAUUUGUGCUAUAUUUGGCAAUGUUUUUCCUUUGUCAUUUCAACAAGCUCUGUGUGCACGUGCUAUGCAUGCUUGUAUGUGGUUUUGGGUGAUAACCUUUUUGCUAAAGUUAUGUGGAAAAUUGAAAUGAAGAAAUCAUCCGUGUAAUAAUGGUUCAUAAUGUAUUGGGAUUUCUUAGUCUAUCUGCUAGCAAGAAAAUUGGGUUAGAACAUGGAAUUCUGGGUCCAUUUUUUUAUUUGAUGGAAGAUUUAAAAAGGUUAUGGAGUUGAGUGAUGGAUGGGUAAAGGAUCACAAGCAUUGGGUGACAAUGUUUGAAAUGAAUUGGGUAACAUUGGAAUAAUCUCCAUGGGAAAGAUAUAACUGGUUAAUAUGCCCAUAUGAUGAGUAUUAUGAUUGGUUUUCAGGUUCAGUAUGUCCCUGAUCUAUGCUCUUAUAUAAACAUGAAGACUUUGAUUUUUUUUAUAUAGUUUGUCUGGGUGCAAAUCUUGACUUUUGGGGUAAGUACGCGUGACUGAAAGUCGGUGAGGAGCUCAUACUUCAUCCUCUUUCUUCCCUUGUCCUUGUGUUUUUCUUUGUUUCUCAUACUUAUUUUUUAUCAUUUGGAGAUAAUUCUAUAUAUCAAGAUGCGAGAGGAGUGCUAGAGAUAAACAUGAGGGGCCUUUAACAACUAUGUCUUGAAGGUGAUAUUGUGUGCAACUGGUACAAAUAUGUCAAGGAGGUGGGGGAUAUAUUACCAAAGGAAAGGGAAAGCUGAUGGCAAUGCUAAGUUGCUAAGUUGAGCAGUAUCUGAUCUUUCAGUACCUUCUGCAGGUUACUUGGGCAUGAAUACGACUGUGUUUCUUCUUUUGACUUUAUUUCUUAGUUGUAUUUAGUAUGUGGGCAGUUUGGUAAGCAAUUUAAGAAUUCUUGAUGUACGUGACAAUCUUGUUCACGAGCCAAAAAACAUAUGAUCAAGCAUUUAGGCAAAUCCAUAGAGGCACUAUGGGGGAAUAUUCCAAUUGCCCACAAAGACGCUAAAAAAAGAUAGGUUUUUCUAUAUUUAGAUGCACAAUAUGGGUAGUUUUCAUUUGAGAAAACAAAGCUGGUUGGCAAAUAAAACAACCAGCUGGAGUUGUUAAGAAUCUAUGUUUGAUUCAUACAACUCAUCGAUAACUGCUAAAUAUACAUAAAAUUCAACCAAUGGCAACCGUUCGUUGGACUCCUCAAAUCUUUCUUGGCCAUGGAAAGUCUGGCACCUGAAAUCAAAAACACCCUUUAUAAAACCCAUCCUACAUUCCCUAUGUUGCUCACAUCAUUUUCUUCUUUUCUUAUCUUGUUGAUCUUCGAGAGACCUUUCUCUCACUAACAGAGAGGUAGCGAGGAAGAAAGGUUCUUGCUGUUUCUCGAGCAUUAAACAUGGGUAAUUGUGGUAGUGCACCGAAAACCCAGGGCGAGGCUGAUCUUGUGCCUGAGCCUGCCAAGGAGGACUUGGUGGAGACCCAAGAGGAGGUUAAGGUUCAACAAGAAGAGAAGGAGAAUGAUGGAAAUGACGAAAAGCAUAAUGCUGUUGAUGAGAAGCCUGCCAAUGAUCAGGACAACGCGGCUCCGGCUGCCACCGCCUUGGUCAGUGAGGCUGAAGAAAAGAAAGAAGCUAAGGAGGAUGAGAAGACCACCGAAAUUAUAUCUGAAGAGACAAAAGAAGCAGAAAACCCAAAGACUGAAGAUCAGGUAAAUGCUGCACCAGAGAAAGUAUCCGAGGCUGCAGUUUCAGAUGCUGCAGAAGCUCCAGAAGCCAAUAAAAUGGAGGAGAAGACAGCAGAAAAAACUGCUACAGAUUCGGAAGCCGAGAAACUUGAAAAGAAGACAGCAGAUAUAUAAGAGAGAAGUCACAAUGAGAGCGAGUCCAUAUAUGUUAUUCAUCAAUAGUACUCGUAAUUCUAUAUUGGUAGAAAGAAAAUACGAUUAUUGUUUCCGUUUGGUUUCGAAGAUCGAAGGCAUGCAUGCAUGCAUUUGUGUUGGCUAUGGAAAUUGAGUCUUGAUGAUCAGUUUGUGGUGGUUCAUAAUUAUCUUUUCAUUCAGAAUAAUAGUUUUGUAAAAGGAUUGUUUC